UGCGCAGAGAGUGAGAGAGAGAGAGAGAGAGAGAGAGAGUAAAUAAAACCUAAUAAAUUUUCACAACCUCCGAGCAGAAGCAGCCCUACCUCCCCACCACCCAUUUCCACCCCCUUCCUCUCUCAUGCCCUUCCAUUAAAAUACAAAAUAUGCUGCGCCAGAAAGCUUCUCCCAACAAACCCUAGAAUCUCCCCAGUACCGGACAAACCACAAGCGUUUCAAUCUUUCAGCUCAAAGUCCAGAUCGGCCAUGGCCAAACUUGGACCUUUCAGGUACUUCGCGGCCCUUUCAUUCGCCAUUUUCUUCUUUAAACCCAUAUUUGCAGAUCCAAAUCCGAGCUUUGCCUUCGAAAGUUUCGGGAAAGGGUCCAAUUUUGAGUCCACAGUCUCCCUUCACGGCGACGCCCAGGUUGUUAAUGGCGGCUCCUUGGUGGAAAUUACUGGGUCUUCCAGUUUCAGUUCUGGGCGAGUCUUUUACAGGAAACCCAUCAAGGUGGUGGACGGAAACCCUGGCAAAACGGCGUCUUUUUCGACGCGUUUCACGUUUUCGAUGUCUCCUCGAAAUGGGGACGGUUUAGCCUUUGUUCUGGUUCCCAUUGGGUUCCCUCUGGACGUGUUCGACGGCGGCCCCUUUGGGCUGCUAAGUGAGAAGAAAUUUAGGACUCUUGCUGUUGAAUUCGAUACAUUUAUGGAUGAUGAAUUUGGUGAUGUGAAUGGCAACCAUGUUGGAGUUGAUGUCAACAGUGUAGUUUCGGUUAAAGUGGGCAACGCUUCUUCAAUCAAUUUGGUGCUGAAUAGUGGUGAGAAAUUGCAAUCUUGGAUCGAUUACGAGGCGGGUUCGAAGCGGCUAGAGAUUAGGCUAUCUAAAUUAGGGGGAAUGAAACCAAUCGAUCCUUUGGUUUCUUGCCCAAUUGAUUUGUCUAGGAUGUGGAAGGAAGAGGAGGUGUUUAUAGGCUUAAGCUCGUCAAAUGGGAAUUCAUCCCAGAGCUGUAAUGUGCAUUCAUGGAGCUUUGAGCUCAGGGUCGUGCCCCACUGGAUGCAUUCGCAGCCUCUGGAUCCCAAGGCUUUCUCGGAGAAGAUGAAGGCCCUGCCCCUGCCUAAGAGGCGCAACUGCCUAUCGAGAGUCCUGGCUGCGCUGAUCUUCGGGACUGGAUGUGGGGUUUUGGGGCUAUUUGUUGUGAUGUUUAUAUGGACCAUGUUUGGGAAUAGGCUGCCCGUGGUGCCAGAGGAGUAUUCGCCGAAUCCUGAGACAUUGGAGCACAAAAAGUUGAAGGUAGUGGUAGAGAAAGCCAUCGAAGAUGGUAGGAAUUAGGUGUUUGAAUUAGUUUUAGGGCAGUCUUAAGUUCUUGUAAAUCAUUGUCCUUCAGUGCUUGUAUUCUCUAGCUUUCAUCUUGUUGCUGUAGUUUGAUGAUCAACCAUCCAUCCGAAUGUGUUUAUGUUGCAUAGUGUUUCACAAUGUUAUGAUCACUGAAAUACAGCAUCAAAUUGGGCAAAUACAAUAUCAAGUUGCUAUUCUCUCA